UUUCGGUAUCUGUAACCAAGAUGGAAUCAACUCCAUUUAACAGGCGGCAGUGGACUUCCCUGUCACUGAGGGUGACAGCAAAAGAACUUUCACUCGUCAACAAGAACAAGUCGUCAGCCAUUGUAGAAAUAUUCUCCAAGUACCAAAAAGCAGCUGAAGAAGCAAACAUGGAAAAGAAGAGAAGCAACCCUGAGAGCUUCCCCCCGCACUUGAGAAAGGGGACCCUGACUGUGUUGAAGAAGAAGUGGGAGAACCCGGCCGAGGCCCACACAGACCCGCCGCGGGGCAGCAGCGCCGAGAGCAGACACAGAGCCGGCCACCCUGCCACCGAAGCCAGCGCCUCUGCCCCUGGGCUCCGAGCGGACCGGCUGCGUCGGGCAUCACCUCCUGAAGCCCUCUCUCACCGCAUCGAGGACUGUGAGGCCCACGCAACAGAAAGCAGAAAGAUGGAAAACUGUCUGGGAGAGUCCAGGCAGGAAGUACAAAAGCCUGAGAUCAGUGAAAACACAGAAGUUUCGGGCAAGAUAGAGAAAUACAACGUUCCACUGAACAGGCUGAAGAUGAUGUUUGACAAAGGCGAAUCAGCCCAAACGAAGAAUCUUUGGGCCCGUGGCCGAAGCUCAGGUGGAAGGAGGAUCUCUGAAAACAGCUGUUCUCUGGAUGACUUGGAGAUGAGCCCAGGCCAGUCGUCAUCGUCGGCAUUCAACCUAGAGAAAAACGAGGGUAGGCGAAAUCUGGAACUUCCACGCCUCUCAGAAACUUCCAUAAAGGAUCGAAUGGCCAAGUACCAAGCAGCUGUGUCCAAACAAAGCAGUUCAACCAACUACACAAAUGAACUGAAAGCCAUUGGUGGUGAAAUGAAAAGCCAUAAACUGGACCAGAAGGAGAAUGUGCCCCCAGGCCCUGAGGUCUGCAACUCCCAUCACGAGGGAGAAAAGGUUUCUGCGGCUGAGACUAGCCAAGCUGUCGGUUCCCUGCCCUCUGGAGAUGCGUCCUGUAAGCCUCUGUUGUUGGGUGGGGAGAGUAACUCCCAGGUUAAGAGUGAGGCCCAGCAGCCUGUCCACCCCAAGCCACUGAGUCCAGAUGCAAGAGCCUCCAGCUUUUCUGAAAGUUCUCCUCCUAAGUCAGUGAAGAAGUUCCAGGCACCUGCACGAGAGACCUGUGUGGAAUGUCAGAAGACAGUGUAUCCCAUGGAGCGUCUCCUGGCCAACCAGCAAGUGUUUCACAUCAGCUGCUUCCGUUGCUCCCAUUGCAACAACAAACUCAGUCUGGGAACAUACGCGUCUCUACAUGGGCGAAUCUAUUGUAAGCCUCACUUCAAUCAACUCUUUAAAUCCAAAGGCAACUAUGACGAAGGCUUUGGGCACAGGCCACACAAAGAUCUGUGGGUCAGCAAAAGUGAAAGUGAAGAGACUCCAGAGAGACCAGCCCAGCUCACACACGCAGGAGAGACCCUUCCGAGCCCGGGGGUAGAAGAUGCCCCCAUCGCGAAGGUGGGCAUGCUGGCAGCAAGCAUGGAAGCCAAGGCGGCCUCCCCACGAGAGAAGGAGGAUAGGCCCGCUGAAACCAAGAAGCUGAGGAUUGCCUGGCCACCGCCCACUGAGCUCAGCAGUUCUGGGAGCGUCUUGGAGGAAGGCAUCAAAGUGUCUAAGCCCAAAUGGCCUCCUGAGGAUGACAGCAGCAAGCCCGAAGCCCCCGAGGACGUCGACCUGGACCUGAAGAAGCUCAGGCGAUCUUCCUCCCUGAAGGAAAGGAGCCGUCCGUUCACCGUAGCUGCUUCGUUCCGAACCACUUCCCUCAAGGGCCCAAAAACAUCGUCCCCACCUGUCAAGAAAGGUUGGAGCGUGUCUGAGCCAAGUGAUGAGUUCGCAGGAGGAUUGAUGGCAGAAAGGAAGCAAGUGGAAAGCACGAAGGCCUCCCAGAGGAACGGGAGUGUGCGGAAGACAAGCUGGCAGCACAGGGAAUCAGAAGAAGGGGAGCUGGGGAGGAGAAGUCAGGAAAUUCGGGGUUUUGAGGUGGGCAAUGAGGAUCUUUUAGAAAACGGUGCAGAUUUAGAUGAAGAUGAUAGCAGCCACAUCCAGCAGCGAUCUCCACUGGAACCCAAGUCUCCCAAUUGGUCCAGCUUCGCAGACAACACUCCCACCAAAGAAUUCACAGCCCAGAGCCAGAAAUCGCAGGAGGUGGGGUUCUGGGAGGGGGAAGUGGUCAGAGAGCUGUCUGUAGAAGAGCAGAUCAAGAGAAAUCGCUACUACGACGAGGACGAGGAUGAAGAGUGACAGGUUGAUGACAGCGCUGGGUCUGAAAUUCAUGUUUGUGGGCCACUGCCCUUUAUCGAAGUGAUACACGGCGGACGGGUGUCUUCAUGUGAACUGUCAUUUACACAGACUCUCAAAAGAACUCCACCCAGCGGCUUAAGCAAACCAGUCCUAAGUGCCAGUGAUGGCACUACUGAAAUCCACUUCUGCAAUGAUGACACGCAUCAGAAGCUGCAGGGUAUUAUAUGGAAGCAGGGAAAUCCUCCAGCUCACACAGUGGCAUGGUCUGAAUCCCACUGAGUCCCCAAGAGCAAUGUUAAAAUAGAUGAUGGGUAGUGAGUGCAUUGUUAUACUGCAAAUUACUAUUGUGGAAUUAGAACACAGACCCAAGGGAUUUAGGGCCCUAGACGUUAUGACUGAAUGCACUUUAGUAUAAAGGGCACAGUUUGUAUCUUUUUCAAAGGAAUAUCCAUUUAAUUUUUUUUUUAGUACUCAGCUGUUAAGGGAUCAAAUAUUUAGUCUUUAAAAACAAAUUUUUAGGGGGAAUUUUCUUAAUCUCAUAUCUAGAAAGAACUUGCUACUUUGCUUCCCGCUGUCAUCGGCCACCCUCUUCUGAACCG